AUGGAAUGUUUCUCAGCUGAAGGAGGUAGCAGUCAUGGCACACUUUUUUAUUUUCUUGUGUUGCAGGCGUCUGUAGAGGCUUCUGGCGAAAUCGCAUUAUGCAAGACUGGAUUUCCUGAAGAUGUUUACAGUGCCGUCUUAUCGAAGGAUGUGCAUGAAGGACAGCCUCUUCUCAAUGUGAACUUUAGCAACUGCAAUGGCAAAAGAAAAGUCCAGUAUGAAAGUAGUGAACCGGCAGACUUCAAGGUGGAUGAGGAGGGCGUGGUAUAUGCCGUGAGAAGCUUUGCACUCUCUUCUGAGCAUGCUAAGUUCCUGAUCUAUGCCCAGGACAAGGAGACCCAGGAAAAAUGGCAAGUGGCAGUGAAGUUGAGCCUCAAACCAGCCUUAACUGAGGAGUCAGCCCAGGAAUCUCAUGAAAUUGAAGAAAUAGUGUUCCCAAGACAAUCCAUCAAGCACACCGGCUCCCUGCAAAGGCAGAAGAGAGACUGGGUCAUCCCUCCGAUCAACUUGCCCGAAAACUCCAGAGGACCUUUUCCUCAGGAGCUCGUCAGGAUCAGGUCUGAUAGAGAUAAAAACCUCUCACUGCGGUACAGCGUCACUGGGCCAGGAGCUGACCAGCCUCCAACCGGCAUCUUCAUUAUCAACCCCAUCUCGGGUCAGCUGUCAGUGACCAAGCCCCUGGAUCGCGAGCUGAUAGCCCGGUUUCAUUUGAGGGCACAUGCAGUAGAUAUUAAUGGCAAUCAGGUGGAGAACCCAAUUGACAUUGUCAUCAAUGUUAUUGACAUGAAUGAUAAUAGACCUGAGUUCUUGCACCAGGUCUGGAAUGGGACUGUUCCUGAGGGAUCCAAGCCUGGAACUUACGUGAUGACCGUAACUGCUAUUGAUGCUGAUGACCCAAAUGCCCUCAAUGGAAUGUUGAGGUACAGAAUCCUGUCCCAGGCUCCAAGCACCCCUUCACCCAACAUGUUUACAAUCAAUAAUGAGACUGGAGACAUCAUCACAGUGGCAGCUGGACUUGAUCGAGAAAAAGUGCAACAGUAUACGUUAAUAAUUCAAGCUACCGACAUGGAAGGCAAUCCCACCUAUGGCCUCUCGAACACAGCCACGGCCGUCAUCACGGUGACAGAUGUCAAUGACAAUCCUCCGGAGUUUACCGCCAUGACGUUCUACGGUGAAGUCCCCGAGAAUAAGGUGAAUGUCACAGUGGUGAAUCUAACCGUAACGGAUAAGGAUCAGCCCCACACACCGGCCUGGAACGCCGUGUACAGGAUCAGCGGUGGAGACCCUACGGGACGGUUUGCCAUUCAGACAGAUCCCAACAGCAACGACGGGUUAGUCACCGUGGUAAAACCCAUCGACUUUGAAACAAAUAGGAUGUUUGUCCUCACUGUUGCUGCAGAAAAUCAAGUGCCAUUAGCCAAGGGAAUUCAGCAUCCACCACAGUCAACAGCAACUGUGUCUGUUACAAUUAUUGAUGUGAAUGAAAACCCUUAUUUUGUCCCCAAUCCUAAAAUCAUUCGCCAAGAAGAAGGCCUUCAUGCAGGUACCAUGUUGACAACAUUCACUGCUCAGGACCCAGAUCGAUAUAUGCAGCAAAAUAUUAGAUAUUCAAAAUUAUUUGAUCCUGCCAAUUGGCUAGAAAUAGAUUCUGUGAAUGGGCAAAUCACUACAAUUGCUGUUUUGGACAGAGAAUCACCAAACGUGAAAAACAAUGUGUAUAAUGCUACUUUCCUUGCUUCUGACUAUGGAAUUCCUCCUAUGAGUGGAACUGGAACACUGCAAAUCUAUUUACUUGAUAUUAAUGACAAUGCCCCUCAAGUGUUACCUCAAGAGGCAGAGACUUGUGAAACACCAGACCCCAAUUCAAUUAACAUCACAGCACUUGAUUAUGACAUCGAUCCAAAUGCUGGACCAUUUGCUUUUGAUCUUCCUUUAUCUCCAGUCGCAAUUAAGAGAAAUUGGACCAUCACUCGGCUUAAUGGUGAUUUCGCUCAGCUUAAUUUAAAGAUAAAAUUUCUUGAAGCUGGGAUCUAUGAAGUUCCCAUCAUCAUCACGGAUUCGGGUAACCCUCCCAAGUCCAAUCUUUCCGUCCUCCGAGUGAAGGUUUGCCAGUGCGACUCCAACGGGGACUGUACGGAUGUGGAUAGGAUCGUGGGUGCAGGGCUCGGCACGGGUGCCAUCGUCGCCAUCCUACUGUGUAUCAUCAUCCUGCUCAUCCUUGUCCUGAUGUUUGUGGUAUGGAUGAAACGCCGGGAUAAAGAACGCCAGGCCAAACAACUUUUAAUCGAUCCUGAAGACGAUGUAAGAGAUAAUAUUUUAAAAUACGAUGAAGAAGGUGGAGGAGAAGAAGACCAGGACUAUGACUUGAGCCAGCUCCAGCAGCCUGAUACUGUGGAACCUGACGCAAUCAAGCCCGUAGGAAUCCGGCGGCUGGAUGAGAGACCCAUUCACGCUGAGCCGCAGUAUCCAGUUCGAUCUGCAGCCCCACACCCUGGGGACAUCGGGGACUUCAUUAAUGAGGGCCUUAAAGCUGCUGACAAUGACCCCACAGCUCCGCCAUAUGACUCCCUCUUAGUCUUCGACUAUGAAGGAAGUGGCUCCACGGCCGGGUCCUUGAGCUCCCUUAAUUCCUCAAGUAGUGGUGGCGAGCAGGACUAUGAUUACCUGAACGACUGGGGGCCAAGGUUCAAGAAACUCGCUGACAUGUAUGGUGGAGGUGAUGACUGAACUUCAGGGUGAACUUGGUUUUGGGACAAGUACAAACAAUUUCGACUGAUAUUCCCAAAAAGCAUACAGAAGCUAGGCUUUAACUUUGUAGUCUACUAGCACAGUGCUUGCUGGAGGCUUUGGCAUAGGCUGCAAACCAAUUCGGGCUCAGAGGGAAUAUCAGUGAUCCAAUGCUGUUUGGAAAAACACUGAGCUCAGUUACACUUGAAUUUUACAGUACAGAAGCACUGGGAUUUUAUGUGCCUUUUUGUACCUUUUUCAGAUUGGAAUUAGUUUUAUGUUUAAGGCUUUAAUGGUACUGAUUUCUGAAACGAUAAGUAAAAGACAAAAUAUUUUGUGGUGGGAGCAGUAAGUUAAACCAUGAUAUGCUUCAACACGCUUUUGUUACAUUGCAUUUGCUUUUGUUAAAAUACAGAAUUAAACAAAGAAACGAAAAAGAACUCAUGGAGCGAUUUUAUUAUCUUGGGGGAUGAGACCAUGAGAUUGGAAAAUGUACAUUACUUCUAGUUUUAGACUUUAGCUUUUUUUUUUUUUUCACUAAAAUCUUAAAACUUACGCAGCUGGUUGCAAAUAAAGGGAGUUUUCAUAUCACCAAUUUGUAGCAAAAUUGAAUUUUUUCAUAAACUAGAAUGUUAGACACAUUUGGUCUUAAUCCAUGAACACUUUUUUAUUUACUGUAUUUUUUUCACUUCACUGUAAAAAUGGUAUGUGUACAUAAUGUUUUAUUGGCAUAGUCUAUGGAGAAGUGCAGAAACUUCAGAACAUGUGUAUGUAUUAUUUGGACUAUGGAUUCAGGUUUUUUGCAUGUUUAUAUCUUUCGUUAUGGAUAAAAGUAUUUACAAAACAAAGUGACAUUUGAUUCAAUGGUUGAGCUGUAGUUAGAAUACUCAAUUUUUAAUUUUUAAAUUUUUUUUAAUUUUAAUUUUCUUUUUGUUUGGGGGAGGGAGAAAAGUUCUUAGCACAAAUGUUUUACAUAAUUUGUACCAAAAAACAAAAAAAGGAAAGGAAAAGAAAGGGGUGGCCUGACACUGGUGACACUACUGUGUUUUUAAAAAAAAAAAAAAAAAAAAAAAAAAAAAAAAAAAAAAAA